AUGAACCGGAUCUUUAGGCCAUAUUUGGACAAGUUUAUUGUGGUGUUUAUAGAUGAUAUUCUGAUAUACUCUAAGAAUGAGGAAGAACACCAAGAGCACCUUUACAUUGCAUUGCGAAUAUUAAGGGAUCAUCAAUUGUAUGCUAAGUUAAGUAAGUACGAGUUUUGGCUUAGAGAAGUGAAGUGCUUAGGCCAUGUAGUAUCUGCCGAGGGAGUAGCUGUUGAUCCUAGCAAGGUCGAUGCCGUGUUAAAAUGGGAAACACCAAAAUCUGUGACAGAGGUAAGAAGUUUCGUGGGCUUAGUUGGGUAUUACCGAAGAUUCAUCAAGAGAUUUUCUCAGAUCAUCAUGCCUCUAACUAAGUUGACCAAGAAAGACCAACCAUUUAUCUGGAACGAAAAGUGUGAGGCAGCUUUUCAAGAACUGAAGGCUAAGUUGACCACGGCACCAUUAUUGACUAUUCUAGAUCCUAGUAAACCAUAUACCCUUUAUACUGAUGCUUCCCUUAAGGGUUUAGGGUGUGUCCUGAUGCAGGAAAGUAAAGUGGUUACCUAUGCAUCUCGAUAA